AUGCCGGUAAAGGGCAUUAUAGAAGAAUCGCACAGGUCACGACUUGACUGACAGCAUCCUUUGAAGGGUAGCUACACUGCUGAGAAGAAAAGUUUUUAUUAAAAUGCCUGCAGUCGCAGAACUAAUGGACUAAACAGAAUGACAAGUUAACACAUCUCUACUCUCCCCCUCAGGAUAAAAAACCUGGCAACCUAAUCGCCUGCCGCCCUCCCUCGGUAAUGCUUAAAAGCUGUGGUAAAGAAUCAGAUAUUCACAGCGUCUAGACUCGCUUCUUCGAAUCGUACAUGCACACCUACAUAAGCGCUGACAGACACAGACUCCCACACAUAAACACUGUGAGCAUGGCAGACACCUCCACCAGGCGGACAGGGAACCAACAGACUGAUCUAAGUCUUGAAGAGAGAGGCCAAUGGGCAAACAAGAUUGAAUUUCUGCUGACUGUAGCCGGAGCUAUCAUUGGGCUUGGAAAUGUCUGGAGGUUCCCAUAUCUUUGCUAUAAAAAUGGAGGAGGGGCUUUUUUCAUUCCAUACGUCCUGUACCUGCUUACUUGUGGCAUCCCGCUUUUUGUGCUUGAGACAUCUUUGGGUCAGUACACCAGUCAGGGAGGCAUCAUGUGUUGGAGAAAGAUCUGUCCUCUUUUUGAAGGAAUGGGUUAUGCCAGUCAAAUGAUUAUUGUCUAUGGCUCAAUCACCUACAUCAUCAUCAUAGCCUGGGCUUUCCUGUACCUUUUCUCAGCCUUCAGUGUGGAACUACCCUGGGCCAGCUGCAACAAUGUGUGGAACACAGAUGCUUGUAUUGUGCUUAGUGGGAAGAAUUCAAGUUCAGAGUGGACGUCUCCUCUUAAUGCCACUUCCUCAGUGAUGGAGUUCUGGCAUCACAGAGUGUUGCGGCUGUCUGGUGGAAUAGAGCAUUUGGGCACAGUAAGGUGGGACUUGGCCCUUAUUCUUUUACUAGUCUGGAUCGUGGUCUACUUCUGUAUCUGGAAAGGCGUCAAAUCUACUGGGAAGGCAGUCUAUUUCACAGCAACAUUCCCUUAUGUAAUGCUCCUGAUACUGCUCCUACGAGGGGUCACUCUACCUGGUGCCAUCAACGGCAUCCACUAUUAUAUGUACCCAGAUCUGACACGACUGGCUGACCCACAGGUAUGGAUGGAUGCUGGUACUCAGGUCUUUUACUCUUAUGCUAUAUGUCUUGGAUACCUCAGCUCUCUUGGUAGCUACAAUCAAUAUAACAAUAAUUGUUACAGGGACUCUUUCUACCUUUGCUUGCUGAACAGUGGAACCAGUUUUUUGGGUGGAUUUGCCAUUUUCUCUAUUCUGGGUCACAUGGCACAGGAACAGGGGGUGGACAUAUCCCUUGUGGCUGAGUCAGGUCCAGGACUGGUGUUUAUAGUGUACCCUCAGGCGGUGACAAUGUUGCCAUGGUCUCAGUUCUGGGCUGUGUGUUUCUUCACCAUGAUCAUCCUCUUGGGCUUGGACAGCCAGUUUGUUGGACUGGAGAGCAUAAUGACAUCAGUGACAGACAUGUUUCCCACUGUGUUGAGACGUGGCCACAGAAGAGAGAUGCUGCUUUUAGGGAUUUGCCUUGUCUGUUACCUGAUGGGCCUCUUCAUGAUCACAGAGGGUGGUCUGUUCAUCAUUCAGUUGUUUGAUCAUUACGUGUGCAGUGGAGCCACUCUCCUGUUCCUGGCUACUUGUCAGUCUGUGGCCAUUGGCUGGGUAUAUGGUGCUGACCGAUUCUAUGAGAACAUAGAAGACAUGAUUGGCUACAAACCCUGGCCUGUGAUGAAGUAUUGCUGGCUCUAUGCCACCCCCUCUAUCUGUGUAGGCACCUUUAUUUUCUCUCUGGUCAAGUACAAUCCCCUGAAAUUUAAUAAAACAUAUGUGUAUCCAUGGUGGGCAUACGGUAUCGGCUGGUUCCUGGCUAUAUCCUCUCUCUCCCUCAUCCCCAUCAACAUGUUCUACAAACUGUACAAGGGGAAAGGGACCUUCUGGGAGCGUCUCCAGUUGGCUAGCACUCCAGCAGAGGAUCUACCUCAAUCUCACAGACCUUCACCACAUCAUUACACUCUGUCAUCCUGUACAGACAGAGAAAAGACCCCCGACAAUCUUUAAUGCUCAUCUGCCAUUAAAUCAAUUCUCCCUAGAUAUUAAAGGGUUAGUUCACCCAAAAAUGAAAAUUCUGUCAUUAAUUACAUGUUGUUCCACACCUGUAAGACCUUCUUAAGAUCUUUGGAGCCCAAAUAAAGAUUUUUUUGAUGAAAUCUGAUAGCUGUAUGACUCUUCAAUAGACAACAAUUUAACAACCAUUUUCAAGGUCCUGAAAGGUACUAAAGACAUUGUUAAAUUGGUCUACGUGACUGCAGUGGUUCAACCUUAAUUUUAUGAGGUGACGAGAAUAAUUUUUGUGCGCAAAAACAAAACAAAAACAACAAAUUUAUUCAACUAUAUCUUCUGUCCUGUGUCAUUUUGCUACGUUGUUUACGUCCAGUGCUUCCAGGUUUCUACGUCUGAACGGCGGCUCAGUAUUGGCUGAAGCUGAUCACGUGAGCAGGACGACGCAUCCGUGUGAUGCUGGCGCAGGAGCCGGCCAAUAACGAGAGGUUGAACCACUGCAGUCACAUCAACCAUUUUAACAAGUACCUUUAGUACCUUUCUGAACCUUGAAAGUGGUUGUUAAAUUGAUGUCUAUUGAGGAGUUAUCUGAUUUCAUCAAAAAUAUCUUAAUUUGUGUUCCGAAGAUGAACGAAGGUCUUAUGGGUUUGGAACAACAUGAGGGUGAGUAAUAAAUGACAGAAUUUUCAUUUUUGGGUGAACUAUCUCGUUAAACCACAGUUCAGUCAAAAUUAAGCUUUUGAAGCUUAAACGUGUGAAUUCCAUUGAGUUUAUAAUUUUGCAGAAAAAAUAUAGUUAUGUGCCCUAGUGAAAGUUCAAUAAAUUAAAAAGGCAAAAGAGUAACAUAAGUAAACUACUGACACAACUGCCUAUUUUCUCCCUUCUGCAUACAGAUAGUGCCUUGUUUUUAACUAUAUAAAACAUUUAUGGUAACACUUUACAAUAAGGUUCAUUAGUUAGAUUAGUUAACUACAUUAGUGAACAUGAACUAAUAAUGAAGUGCACUUCUACAGCAUUUAUUAAUCUUUGUUAAUGU